UCUUUGUAGGCAGGGAGGGAAUGCAACAAGUGAUUCAAUAACUGAGCUCAUUAAAGAGACAGUUCACCUCCCACAGGAGGCCAAACAGAUUUGCUUGUGUUGUGCUCUCCAUUUGCACAGAAAGUGGCAUUUCAGACCUUCCUUAUACCUCUCUAAAACUCAUAGCACCUGGAACUGGACAUCACUCAAGUAAAUCUGCUAGAUUCUGCCUCAUUGUCUGCCACCUUCUUUUACCUGAGCAGACCAAGUGGACCACUUAGGUAUCCACCUGAUGGAAAAUGGAAUGCGAGAACUUAAAAUAAAGGAGGUCUGUUCCUGGGGGUUUUGGUGGCACUGAUUCAGAAAAUUGCAUUGGAUAGACAGCGCCAGCUGUAUAUGGUUCUCAUGAUUUUCUGUGGAUAUAUUGAGAUAUUCUAAGACUCAUCUUUAUCCCAAACUUCUGCUCAGCUGUGGAUGUCUCUCUAGCAUCAUUCUGUUCAUGUGAAGUAUCUUCCCACAUUCUGAACUGGUGUAGUGACUUGUCUUCCUCUUAUAUUGGCAGGUAUAUAUAAAGAAGAACAAGGACAUAAAGGGGCCAGAGACAUUGGAGAAGGACCACCGGAAACAUGGAGCCCAAAGCAAAGGUGAAAAGGGUCUUCAAACCAAAGCAGAGCAAAAUUGCAGAUGGCUGCCGCAGGGUUGGUGUAUUUCCCAAAGGAAUUUGCCCCAUAAAUGGUUCCAGGCUGCCUUUGGUUAGAGCCAUCAAUGAAGAUGAUGAGCAUGAGAGCAGGAAAGUGAAAGAUGCAACUUUUGACCAAGAGAUACUGCUGACUCCUUCAAAAAAUACAGAGCUCUCUGCAUUCCAACCUAUGAGAAGCCUCACUGUAGAGGAAUAUGCAAAAGCCUUUAAGUCAUUCUUAGAACAUUCCACUGAGCAUCAGUGCAUGGAACAAUUCAAUAAGGAGGAGCUGCCAAGUAUUAUAGCCAGCCUUGGAAAUGGAAAGUCAACUAUCAAUGUUCUUGGUGUGGGAAGUGGCACAGGUGAACAGGAUUUGAAAAUGAUUAAAAUCAUUCAAGCUAAGCAUCCAGGAGUCUUUAUCAAAAAUGAAAUCAUAGAGCCCAACCCACAACACAUUUUGGCAUACAAAGAUGCAGUUAUGGGUUCCGACCUUAAGAAUGUCUCAUUUACCUGGCACCAAAUGACAUCCAUGGAAUAUGAAAAGCAGGCAAAAGAGAAAAGCAUGCAAAAGAAAUAUGACUUCAUACAUCUGAUCCAGAUGCUGUACCGUGUGGAGAAUAUUGCAAGCACUAUCAAGUAUUUCCACAGCUGCCUAGAUAAGCAUGCUAAACUUCUGAUUAUAAUUCUAUCAGGCAACAGUGGAUGGACCACCAUGUGGAAGAAAUACAGACAAUGCUUUCCUCCUACAGACAGUGGUCAUUACAUCACAGGAGAUGAUGUCAAAGUUAUCUUGGAGGAAAUGGGGCUAGAAUAUCAGAUGUAUGAGUUUCCUUCUGAUUGGGACAUCACUGAAUGCUUUACCGAUGGAGAUAUCAUUGGAGGUCAUACACUGGACUUCCUCACAGGGACUAAAGACUUUAUGAAUACUGCACCUGAUGAUCUUAAACAAAGUCUUCGGCAAGCUCUGAGCCAGCCAGAGUGCAGCACCAAGAAGAAUGGAAGGAUCAUGUUUAGAAAUGAUUUGAGCAUGAUUGUGGUGAAUUCCUAAUACUAAUAGCAAUAACGGAGGCUGUUGUGCUGACAUUCCGAUGCGUAACAAGCCAACAGAUCUACAGAAUCUAUGGUGAAGGCUAAUCCUAUGAUAGUGGUAAAGAGGAGAGAGUAGCAGAGGAAGAGUCGAACAUGAAGCUUCGUAGACAUGAAGAACGUAAAGCAAAUUUAUUAGCAGAUCUUUUCCAAUUUUUAACAAGAUGCAUAUUUUCGUUAUUAUUGUUUGAAAUGAAUAUUGGUUUACAUUGAUUCCUUCUCAGCCAUAGGAAAGAAUUAGAACAUAUAGCCUAGGAACUUGUUUUGAGGAUGUCUAUAAUUUGAAGAAUCAUCAAUAUGUUCAGACUAUAAAAACAUAUAUGGGGGAGCAGAAACUUUUUGCUAUAUUAAUAUAGAAGAAGCUAAUAUGGGGACUAGUUUUUUAAUUUGAUAUGUAAUGUUAAGAAAGUAGGAAAGCUGACAUUGGGUGUUCAAAAAUCUUUUCCGUGUUCUCCAAGUAGUUAAUACAGUUAAUCGUAGAACUUCAUUUCCUCUUAGUUUGAGUCUUUUUCCUUGUUGUUAUUGUGGCAUACUACUAAUGUACAGAUGGUUUUAACCCCUCCCCUGAAUGCAGCCAAAUUGGAAAAGCAGGUGGACGGUGCUAACACUGUGCCAGGUGGGGAAAAAAGAGAAAGAUUGCCCAGCAUGGGAUGAUAAAGAUGAGUGCAUAUCAGGCUUCAAUGCAACACAACAAGCCUGACACAUUCGUUUUUGUAUUUUCCUUCUUUUUUAAAAUAAAUAAAUAAAUAAUUUCACAAUGACAA